UGCCCUGGCGACGCCGAUGUUGUGGUUCCGCGGCGCGCUGGGAGUUUGGGUUUGGUUGGCUGCAGCCAGCCAGCCGUGUAAAAACUCCAACGCCGGGCGCCGCGGGCAGCACCCACGGAGACCCGCGGGGAGCUGCUGCAGCUCCUGGCAACUGGUCAAGCAGGCAGCGUCCAGCGCACCCGCGAACACCAGGUCCGGCAGCAUCUGUCUUUUCCCGCAGAGUGCAGCGCCUGACCAUGAGGAACACAAGCAAGGAACUUCAGGGCGCCACGCACCGCUACGCUCCCUGCGAUUGGUAUUACCACGUCCCAGUGAAGCGCUCUGAGAAGGCCGUGGAUGCCCCACCAGCGUCCCAGAUCCCAGGUCUCAGCAAUUUGGGAGACUCACACAGUGAGAACCUGCCUGGGACUCGGAGAUGCUGGAUAAAAGAAACAGAUUCGGAAUAUGUGAAGCUCGCCAAACAAGGCGGCAGGCCCGAUUUGUUGAAGCACUUUGCCCCUGGAACCAGGAAAGGCUCUCCAGUGGCCUACUCCCUGCCAGACUGGUAUAUCCACCACAGCAAGCCACCGACAGCCAGCCAGCAAGAAGUGCGGGCUGUCUCCAUGCCGGAUUACAUGGUUCAUGAAGAAUUUAACCCCGAUCAAGCCAAUGGUAGCUAUGCAUCCAGAAGAGGGCCCUUCGACUUCGACAUGAAAACAGUUUGGCAAAGAGAGGCUGAGGAACUUGAAAAGGAGAAAAAAAAGCUGAGGCUACCGGCCGUUGACUCAAAGUAUCUGAGCAAAGCAGGCACCCCACUUGGCCCUAAGAACCCUGCAGGAAGUAGACUCUCCUUCCCCCCCAUGCCUGGUCAAAAAAACAGUUCACCUACCAAUUUUUCCAAACUCAUUAGCAAUGGUUAUAAGGAUGAGUGGUUGCAGCAGCAGCAGCGAGCUGACUCAGACAAGAGGACCCCGAAGACCUCCAGGGCAUCAGUGUCAUCUCAGUCCCCACGAGACCUGGAAGGUCCCCAGGAUGCAGCCAGGCUCCAGGAUGCAGAGGCUUCUGAAGGUCCUGAGGACACCCCAGGCCCGGAAGAAUCUGUAUCUGCAUCAACACCAGCAGAGCUCAAAUAAAUCCUGAUGCAAUAUGUAUUUAGGAUAAUUUUUAAAUGGCUAAAUAUGACAUGACUGUAUUAUAGCUAUAUUUCUGAGGCUCUUUUUGUAUUUUAUGAAUAUAGACUCUCAUUGAAUAAUUUACCUUGCAGCAGAUUUGACAUUGCUGCAUAGAAGGGGCAGGUGUCGGUUUUUGUUUCUUGCAUUUCUCUGGGAUGUGAAACACUUGGCUAACAAACACAACUAAGGCCUCUGGUACCCUCUGCCCUGCUGGCCUGGUGAUGUCCCAGUGUCUCAGAACUGAUCACUUCCUCCUCCUAUUGUGUGAACCACUCUUAGCAGGCAUUGCUACUGGAUUCUUAACUAGAGAAAACUUACAGAACAGGUGUUAAGCCUUUUCCAAUAUUUAGUAUUGUAGUCUUCAUAGAAAUCAUUUCUAGUUACAAAAAAAUUUAAUUCCAGAAUAUGGUGAUACAGUUUAUGUUAAGAAAAAUAUUUUAAUUUAUUAUGCCAUGAAUUUAUAAACAUUUAAUAUAAAACAUUGUAACAUUUGCUGUUUUAAAAUUUUUGCUAUUUUUUCACAAACUGAUAUUCAAAAUAUUAAACAUUUGUUAUUUUAUAUAAACCUUUAAGUAAAAAUAUGCUGUUUUAAUAUUUAAUUUAGUAGAAUUAACAAAAACUUUUUAAUAGUUAAACUGAAUUACCUUGUUUUAUAAAUGUUAAAUUGUUUAUAUUUAAGUAAUUAGCUUAAAAAUAUAGUUUUAUGUUUUGUACAUUAAUUGAUUAAUAAAAUAAUUUUAUGUGAGAAUGUUUUCAAAAAGCCAAAUAAAGCCACAGAUAUUUUAGCUUCUUUCCCAGAAUAAACUUAUCAUGCAUUUGCUUACCUAAAAUUUGUUUCAAAUUAGUUCUCUAUAUGAGAUACUUAAUCGAGCAUAUAUAUUUAUAUUCAUUGAUCAAACUGAUAUGCUACAGGAGAAUGUAUGCAAUGUGUAAAAAAUGCAAAUGGCUGUAUGCAUUGAAUAAAAAUAAUAUACAAUUA